ACUAAAUGAAUUUUCAAGCCUCUGAAUAUCGAAUACUCUCCAAUUUAGGUUCUGGCUCUGGUCAUUAAGUCAUGAAGGUUUAACACAAUUCAACUUCUCAAAUUUUAGCCAUGAAAAUUGAAAAAAGCCCUUAAUUAGGCCAGAUUGAAACUGAAAUCUCAAGACUUGAACAGCUCAAGGGCCUAGACGGUGUCCCCUAAUUGAUUGAUUCCGGUAAAACCAAAGAUUUUCGGUAUUUUUAUUCACUUAUUUAUCUUAGAAGCUACUUGAUCACACCCAUCUUGAAAAGAAACCUUUAAGAAAUACUAAAAGACAAUUCGAUGACAGUACCAUAGAUACUGAGCAUUGGAUUAAGUAUUUUAAGGGUUUUGGAAUAAGUUCAUAAAAAACACAUUCUGCACCUUGAUAUAAAACCAGAAAAUAUCAUGAUUACUUCGCCUCACAUAAAUGUUCCGAUAGAGGAAAUUGCAAGACCUGGAUUUGUUCAUUUAAUAGAUUUUGGAUUGUCACAGAAGGCUGGAUAAUCGAUUUCUUAAAAUAAGGUUUUUGUGGGUUCACUAAGAUAUGCAAGUAGAUGGGCUCACAAAGGAAAUUAACUGCAUUAUAAAGAUGAUUUGGAAAGUCUCCUAUACGUAUUAGUGUACCUGAGAAAUAGUAAGUUAUUGAUUCGAAUAUUUAGGGAUGCUUCCAUGGCAGACAGUCUAACAAUAUUAAUCCUAACAGUUAGAAAUUCGAAAAAUCGGGGAAAUUAAGGAUGCUGUAUUUAACUCUAUGAGUCUGGUGCAAAGAUUUCCAUAAUAAUUUAUAGCAUUUAAGACUUAUAUUGAUGGAUUACCUUAGACUGAGAUGCCUAAUUAUGAUUACUUAAAAUCCUUAUUUAAGUAAAUUUUAAAUUUAGAAAAAUGUUCUCCUACAUUGCAGUAUACAGCGUCGAUUACACAUAGUAACUCAUUCAAAGAAUCAAACUAAAUUUAAAAUUCAGAUAAAAUGAUUUCAAUGUUUUCAAACCUCUAGAGACAAGAUUAAGUAUAGAGAGACGAGGAUUUAUCUGAGUCUGAAACAUCUGUAAUAUUGAUUUCAGAUUGGAUAAAAACGUGUAAUACAUAAAAACCUAAGUCGAUUGUUGAUAUCAAAUUUUGA